AUGACUGAACCGCAGGCCCCGCUCAUCUCCCCCGGGUCCGCCAAACCCGCCGGCCCUUCCCUCCUCGCAUGUCUCUUAUGCCGCCACAAGCAUCUCAAGUGCGAUGGUCAGACCCCGGUCUGUCGUCGUUGCGCAGCCUCGGGUGCCGAGUGUCAGUACAUCAAGUCGCGCCGCGGCUACAAGGGCCCGCAGAAGAAGCGCCGCGCCGAGCCCGAUACUCCAGACCAAUUACUCCCCAUGGAGCCGGUGGCGGGGAUGCUCGACAUCCCCGUCAACUGGAAUCAUCUCCAAGCCGGCUUUCACUAUGCACCCACGGCGGCCGCUAUGACAAUUACCUCCUCCGGGUCUCCCACCCCGGGCACGAAUAUGAAUGACCCGUCGCUGGCCAUGGCGCCAUCGCCCGCCCGCGCCGCGACGGGCCCCAUGACCCCAGAUUCCUCCUCCUCAGUCGGAGGCGACGGUUACCUCCUCGAUAUCUAUUACACCUACUUCCACGCCGCCCAUCCCAUCCUGCCCCCGCUGCGACUACUCUCCCCCGCCCACCUCCCGCCGUACCUCGAGCAGGUGAUGAAAUUCAUUGCGUCUCACUUCACCCCAGCAGCGUCGAGCGAAACCUACCGUCCCGCCGUCGUCGCCGCGGUCCGCGACCAACCUCCGGCGGUGGAGAAGGUCCAGGCGCUUCUCCUGCUCGCCAUAGUUCUGCAUUCGCGCAAUGAGCGGGCGGAAGCAGGCGAAUGUCUGGCCGCGGCGGUUGAUCUAGCCUUUGAGCUGGGAUUGAACCAGGCGACGUACCCCGAGACCGCCAGCAACGGUGAUCCGAUCCGGGCAGAAUGCCUACGCCGCACGUGGUGGGAGUUGUUUAUCAUCGAGGGCAUGUUGACGGCCCUAGGGGUACAAUCAAUAUAUCGCACGAAUCUGGUGACGCCCGAGGUCCCGCUUCCCUGCGAGGAACGAAUCUAUCAGGACGGUCUCACCCCACCACCACCGCCGACGAUUGCCCAAUUCGACGAACGCGUCUUUGCCGAUGAGGAACGGGACUUCUCGUCUUAUUCGUAUCGCAUUGAAGCGGUACGCAUUCUCGGCCGAGUCGUGGCCACGCAGGAAAUGACAGAGGGCCAGCAGGACCAUGUUGAAGCGAUCGAUGCUCGAAUUGCCAGCUGGUUUCAUCAUCUCCCAGAAUCCAAAGCGGAGCUUAUGCGACCCGAUGGAUCAGUGAACGAAAUCAUGUUCCAGGCUACAAUGAUCGUCAACGGCGCCUCAAUCUAUCUCAACUUCCCUCGGUCCGAUUUGCUAUCAUCCCCGGCCGUCGCCUCAGAGGUUAUUUGUGGCCACCACGGCCCAAUCAGUGUCCCCGCAUUUUCGCACCAUGCCCAUGCCAUGAAGGCCGUCAAGGCGGCCAGUGAGUUGUCUUCUUUGGCCGCCAUUCGAUUACCCGUUGAGCGACACACACCUUUCUUUAUUUGUGCCCUGACACUCAGCUCAAUUGUCCAAUUGGCGGCUUGUUCUGUCAAGGCAGGUCAAAUGCCCGACCCGAGCCGCGACCGGAUCGUCUUGACGAUUGGUGUUUUCAAGUCCUUGGCUCGAACCUGGGCUAUUUCACAAUCCAUCAUGCGUCAGAUCAAGGCAGUGGCACGCGACGUGCUGGAAAUGGGUGUACGACCGAGCAUGGACUCCAUUGAUCUCACCUCAAUGCUGGAUAUUAAUGGUCGAUUCUGGAUCCAGGAUGGGCCCAGUUGA